GGCGUUAGUACACAGCAGCGUGUCAUUGGAUUAAAGUUUGUCCCCUCUAUGUUACUCAUAUAAAUAACAACAACUGAGAUAUGUGCUAGCAUGUGGAGAGAAUACCUGUUAGACAAUUGUCUUGUUUUCAGACACAUAUAAAGCAGUCAGUGCACUGAGGAACUCCUCUGUUUGGUGUGUAAGCUAAGAGAAAACACCGAGGCGGGUACAAGUAGCAGCAUGUCGGUCGACAGCGUGUUUAGGACCCGCUCUCUCGGCGUGGCCGCCGAGGGUCUUCCUGACCAAUAUGCCGACGGGAAAGCAGCCAAAGUCUGGGAGCUGUACAUCGGAGACACGCAGAGUAGGACUCAGGAAUACAAAAGCUGGGUGGUGUCACUGCUGAGAGAGCAAGCUGUGCGGAGCGUGCUGGAUGUAGCCUGCGGAACGGGAGUUGAUUCGAUUAUGCUGGUGGAAGAGGGGUUUAAUAUGGUCAGCGUGGAUGCCAGCGACAAAAUGCUCAAGUAUGCACUGAAGUCAAGAUGGGAAAGAAGAAAAGAGCCAGCGUUUGACAAGUGGGUGAUCGAGGAAGCCAACUGGCUGACGUUACAAGAAGAUAUUCAGAAACCAGGACCUGGCUUUGAUGCUGUUAUCUGCCUCGGCAACUCAUUCGCCCAUUUACCAGACUUCAAAGGGGACCAGAGUGACCAAAAGUUGGCCCUUCAGAACAUUGCCAGUAUGGUUAGACCAGGUGGGAUCCUCAUCAUUGACCACCGUAACUAUGACUACAUCCUGGAGACCGGCCGGGCACCACAAGGCAAAAAUAUCUACUAUAAGAGUGAUCUAACUCAGGACAUCUCUACCUCAGUUCUGUGGGUCAACAACAAGCCUCAUAUGAUCACUCUGGACUACACUAUCCAGGUGCCCAAGGCUGCCAUCCACAAUCUUCCUGAAGUCAGUAAAUUCCGUCUGUCCUACUAUCCUCAUUGUCUGGAGAGCUUCAAAGGUUUGCUGAACGAGGCCUUUGGCGGCAAAAUGGAGCACAGCGUCUAUGGAGAUUUCAAGACAUACGUACCUGGCCAGACCCAGGCCCCGUGCUACUUCAUCCACGUCUGUAAGAAGACAGCAUAAGAAGAGCACAGCCAAACAACAUGCUACACGCACAGAUACAGCAAAAUAAUAGCUCUCUGUUCUCUCAUGUUUUGACAGUACGUCAGAUUUCCGCCAAAUUAUAUUUGAAUAUAUCUUAAAAAUGGUGUAAUCUAAAAAAAGAACAAUUAAGGUUUAGGAUUUUUCUUUUAAGAAUGCUGGAAAGAGUUUGGUAAAUUGACCGGUCAAAUGAUGAUCACAUUGGCACUAAAAUCAACCUGAUAGUGACGUAGUGCAGUGCCAGUAGCUAUCUGGCAUUAUUAUUGUUAUGUAAGAAAAUAUACUGACUGUGCAUUUUAUGAAUCUUGUAUCAUUUUAAAAUGUUGAAUGCUAAAAUGUUAAAGCAACAAAGUUUCCUUGACUUUGCCAGAAGACAUUUGUUGAUUCUCAUCCCCUUUUUUUGUAAAAAAAAAACAAACAAAAAAACAAAAACAAACAAACAAACAAAAACACAUUGUGUUCCUUGAUAUCCAAAACAGUAAUUAAUCCAAAAAGGUCAAACCAAGUUUUAAAAUAUAUUCCAAUUAUAUCAGACCAUUGUUUUACCCACAUCUGGUAUCUUUACAGUGCCCUGCUUUUGUGUUUGCCUUGUUACCUCCCUGCCUCCUUCCUUUCUGAACUCUGAUAUCCACACAGAUCAUGAUGCUGUACAUUACUGGUAUUCCUUAUGUUGGGAAAUGUGACAGUGACACAAAGUGCUAAGAUAUAUUCUUAGGCAGUUGUUUUUGAAAGUAUACCACAAGAGUCUUAAAAACAGAGAUAAAGCAUCUGUUUUCUGUGUCUCUAUGCUUAAUUUUUCUUUUAUAUUUUUGAGCUGGAAAAGGAAAAAAGGCUGAUCUUAUUCUGGCCUUUCUUUAAAUUCAGACACAUCUGUGACAGGCACAGCGCAAUGACAGUUUUGAUAUUUCAGUUCAUUACUUACAUUUAUGAAAAUUCCCCUAAGAUUGUGAAUCAUUUUGACACCUUAAAGGCUUGUUUAACCUGUUUGGACGGUCACACUGGCUGUCAGUCCAGUCAAGGUCCCUCCCUUCUGAAGUGUCCUUGACUACCUCAGAAAAACCCCUUCGACUCCAGAGCUAAACGACCGCCAGUCUCUCUGAAGCUGAAAAACAGAUCGAGAUUUUCCACUAAAUCCUGCUCGAGAGAAAUUCGUCAAAGUUUCUCAUACUUGAUUUUUUUUUCAUGUGGCAUUGUUGUUUUCUUUAACUGUUUUGUUGAUUCUCAUAUUUUGUAAGUUUGUACUUUAUUGGAGCCAAGAAGAGCCUUUAUGUUUUUUAGUCAUUACUACUAAUGAACCUACAACAGACAAGAAGUUUGUGUCAGCCAAUAAAAACUAAUGUCCUAUUAAAAAUUCAUCCAAAUCUGCCAACACGAGAAAAUAAUAUUGUGACUCUUGUGUUACAAUAAUAACUUGGAACACCCAACAUGUUUUAAAUUGUACCAACCAAAGAAACUAUUAAAGUGAAAAACUUUAAUGUUAUUCAGUUGCACUGUUCAUGUAUCAGUAAUGAGAGAGAGAGUGGAAGAAUCAUUUAUUUUGCUCUACUAUCCAAGUUCAAAUCCAUUUUGCUUUGAUACCAAAUUAAGAGUGCAUUUUUCCUCAGAGUGAGAAAGGAGCUCUGGCAGAGAAUAAUCAAAUAUUAUCACUACACCUGCUGUUUGCCGAAGCAAGACCACAUGGUGCAUUCAGAUGUUGUGGCAGUGCCUCUUGUAGAACUAAAUCUGCAGUAGUUUGGGAUAGAGGUUGACAGUAGCUGCAGAAUGUGGUAAGAUGGAUGAACAUUUUUCACAACAGUCUUAUGUUUCCUUUUUUUUUUUUUGAAAGACAAGUGUAAAAACAAUUCCUACCUGACGAUCAUUAUUAGAUUCAUUUUGCAUGAAAUAAAAGAAUUAAAUAAGC